AUGUCAGAUGAAGUAAAAAACACCUUAAUGAUCAUAGCAGCUGGAGAAUUUUCAAUGGGAAUCUUAGGAAAUGCAUUCAUUGGCUUGGUGAACUGUAUGGACUGGAUCAAGAAUAAGAAGAUUGCUUCCAUUGAUUUAAUCCUCACAAGUCUGGCCAUAUCUAGAAUUUGUCUAUUGUGUAUAAUACUAUUAGAUUGUUUUAUAUUGGUGCUGUAUCCAGAUGUCUAUGCCACCGGUAAACAAAUGAAAAUCAUUGACUUCUUCUGGACACUAACCAACCAUUUGAGUGUCUGCUUUGCCACCUGCCUCAGCAUUUUUUAUUUCCUCAAGAUAGCUAAUUUCUUUCAUCCUCUUUUCCUCUGGAUGAAGUGGAGAAUUGACAGGGUGAUUCCUAGGAUCCUGCUGGUGUGCUUGGCCGUCUCUGUCAUUAUUAGCUUUCCUGUCAUUGAAAAUUUGAAUGAUGAUUUCAGGCUUUGUGUCAAGGCAAAGUGGAAAGCAAACUUAACUUUGAGAUGCAGAGUAAAUAAAGCUCAGUAUGCUUCCAUUAAGGUAUGUCUCAACCUGUUAACACUCUUCCCCUUUUCUGUGUCCCUGAUCUCAUUUCUCCUCUUGAUUCUCUCCCUGCGGAGACACACCAGGCAGAUGCGACUCAAUGCCACAGGAUGCAGAGACCCCAGCAUAGAAGCUCAUGUGGGAGCCAUGAAAGCUGUCAUCUCUUUCCUCAUACUUUUCAUUGCCUACUAUUUGUCCUUUCUUGUAGCCACCUCCAGCUACUUUAUGCCAGAGACUGAAUUAGCUGUGAUGAUUGGUGAGUUGAUAGCUCUAAUCUAUCCCUCAAGCCAUUCUUUUAUCCUAAUUCUAGGGAACAAUAAAUUACGACAAGCAUUUCUAAGGGUGCUAUGGAAAGUAACAUAUAUCCUGAAAAGAAGAAAUUUCUAA